CCGCUCCUGCAGUCACUCUCCGUCGGUGCGCUCGCCUGAUGCGCAGCGCCUCCCCAACUGGUUCCUCACUUUGUCAAAGUCCUGUACGUGAGCAGGUCUGCUGAACGGCUCCCUCACUGCGCGUAAAAGAUGAAACCUUGAAUUUCUUUUUACAGAAGUUGAAGCGCUGUGACACAAGACGGGGUGAACACAAUGGGGCUCGGGUCAUUUUGGAGUUUUCCUCUCUUGGCUUUCGUGUUUCUCUUUCGCCACAAGUUUGUGGCUCAGGCGGAAAUAACUUCUCUGAGAGCAAACGACAGGUUUCAUCACCUGCAGGUUUUGCCACUUGAAGAGCGUGAAACCGGAGAAUCUGCGGAGGUCAGAGAAUCACUGAAAGUCGACGUUCGCGCAAAAGUUUUAAACGGGCGUGAAACGGAACCAGACGGUGAUUUGAAUCCAAGGGAUGACAAACAAAUGGGAGUUGAGACGCAGAGCGGACUUGGAAGCGAGGCGCCGAUCGGCAUCGAAACAGCACCAGGCGAUUCCAGUCGUCUCAAAAUACCUGAUCAAAAGUAUGCUUACAUGUCUGAGGGCAAGCACGCGCGAGAUACGGAGAAUAUUUCCCCAAGAAAGAAGGCAAAAAGGAGUGUGGUCGCAUCAUACAGCGAGGAUGUGGAUAGGAGCAUAAGCGGAAGAGAGAGAUAUGUGGAGACUGUGCAAGGUGUUCCCAACUCCAGAGUCGAGUACCGGCGCAGCGGGGACGAAGCCAGAGGUUCUAACCCCAAACAGAGUGAGCCAUACCUGGACACUUCUACUUUUGCUCUGUCGGGAGACUCCGCGCACAACCAGGCGAUGGUGCACUGGUCUGGACACAACAGCAGCGUGAUCCUGAUCUUGACGAAGCUGUACGACUUCAACCUGGGAGCUGUUACUGAGAGCUCCCUCUGGAGAUCCACCGAUUAUGGAAGCACCUACAACAAACUCAACGACAGAGUGGGUUCAAGGACAGUUUUAAGUUACCUGUAUGUCUGCCCAACCAACAAGCAGAAGAUAAUGAUGCUCAGUGACCCGGAGGUAGAGAGCGCCGUGCUCAUCAGCUCAGAUGAAGGAGCCAGCUUUGAGAAAUAUCCCGUCAACUUCAACAUCCUGAGCAUGCUCUUCCACCCGACGCAGGAGAACUGGAUUCUAGGCUACAGUCACGAUAGCAAGCUGUACAGUUCACUGGACUUUGGAAGGAAGUGGCAGCUUGUCCACGACAACGUGAUGCCAGGCCGAUUCUACUGGGCGGUAAUGGGGCUGGACAAAGAAUCCGACGUGGUCCACAUAGAGACGCGCAUCGCGAAAGGCCGAGCUCAGUAUGUGAAGUGCAGAGCCCAGCGAUGCACAGAAGGCAACCGACAGCACCUCUUCCCUGGAGAUGUGGACACCAACUCACUGGUGGUGCAGGAUGAAUACGUCUUCACACAGGUAACCAAGUCAGGACGACCCAGCUACUUUGUCUCCUACAUGAGGGAGUCCUUCAGGCAGAUGCAGUUACCUAAAUACUGUCUACCCAAGGACAUGCACAUCAUCAGCACAGACGAGAAGCAGGUUUUUGCUGCAGUCCAGGAAUGGAAUCAGAACAACACUUACAGCCUCUAUAUCUCAGACUCCCCGGGGGUCUACUUCACCCUCUCAUUAGAGAAUCUCAGAACCAGCAGAGGACCCGCUGGUAACCUCCUGGUCGACUUUUACAAGGUUGAGGGAAUUAAUGGCAUGUAUCUCGCCAACAAACUGCUGGAUAAUCGCAUCAAGACUUUUAUUACCUACAACAAAGGACAGACAUGGGCCCUCCUGCCAGCUCCUGGCACUGACGUGGCUGGGAAUAACCUGCACUGCGUUCUGCCAUUUUGUUCGCUGCAUCUUCAUCUGGAGAUGUCGGAGAAUCCGUACACCUCUGGGCCCAUCACCAGCAAAAAGUCUGUACCGGGAAUCAUCGUGGCCACAGGAAAUAUCGGAACAGAACUGUCCUCCACCAGCCUUGGGAUGUUUAUAACAGCUGAUGCAGGGAAUAGCUGGAGACAGAUAUUUGACGAAGAGCACAACAUUUGGUUUCUCGACAACGGCGGGGCUUUGCUGGCGGUCUUACAGGCAGCGACACCGAUCCGACACUUGUGGAUCAGUCUCGAUGAAGGAAAGAAGUGGGACCGUCACAGUUUCUCUUUGGCACCUCUGUAUGUGGACGGCGUUUUGAUGGACCCAGAAUCAGACAAUCACAUUAUCACGUUUUUUGGCCACUUCAGCCAUCGGUCAGAGUGGCAGCUGAUCAAGAUCGACUACCUGGGCCUCUUCAGCAGGAGAUGCAUGGACGGAGAUUAUCAGAUGUGGAACCUGCACAACAAGGGGGAGCUGUGUGUCAUGGGCGAAAAGCAGAUCUUUAUGAAACGCAGACCAGGCAACCGCUGUAUGCUGGCCCAAGACUAUUCCAGAAUCUAUUCCUCAGAGCCAUGCCUCUGCACAGCCUUUGAUUUUGAAUGUGAUUACGGGUGGGAGCGCCAGCCAGAUGGGAAGUGCUCCCCUGCUUUUUGGUUUAAUCCAAAUGGUGCAGCUAAAAGCUGUAGCACCAGCCACAGCUUCCUUAACAGCACAGGGUAUCGGAAAGUUUUGUCCAAUAACUGUAAGGAGGGCGGGAAGAACGUGUACUCGCCGAAGAGGCAGGUGUGUCGUACCCGGCCGCCCCGAGGCCUCCGACUAACCACCAGUCAUGGAGAGCUCAGCGCCCUGGUGGGGAGCAAUGUUACCUUCAUGGUCUACCUCGAUGAUGGAGGCUCACUGGGGACAAGCAUCCAUCUAGACUUUGGGGACGGCAUCAAGAUCAUAUACUCCAAUCUGAGCAGGACAGAUGAUGGCAUCAAGCACAUCUACAGAACGACUGGGAUUUACCGAGUGACGGCUUCAGCUGAGAACAGCCAGGGAUCUGACAGCAGCACCCUGUUUUUACACAUCACCAGUCCAGUGGAGCGUAUAUAUCUCUCCGCUCCCAUUGUAGCCAUCAGGGGGAGGGAGGCUAAUCUGACGGCCGUGGUUUGGCCGAGUCACACCAGAACGCUGACCUUCUUCUGGUGGUUUGACAACAGCUCCGAGCCCAUUAUAACCUUGGAGGGAAGCAUCUCAUACACAUUUCAGAGAGAGGGAAAAAACAAGGUCACGGUCCAGGUUGCUUCUGGGAGCAACAUCGUGCAGGAUUCAAAAGUUAUAACAGUUAAAGAGAUCUUUAGGUCGCUGCUGUUGUCGUUCUCGCCGGCGCUUGACGAGCACAAUCCUGACAUCUCUGAGUGGAGGGAGGACAUAGGCCGCGUGGUGCGGACAGCUCUGUCACAGGUGUCGGGGGUUCCUGAAGAUCAGCUGCUGGUGUCACUAUACCCGGGUCUCCCAACCACAGCAGAGCUCUUCAUCCUUCCUGUCGAACACACUUCGAGCACGGCGGAGUCUCUGGAAAUGAUAUCGGACAUUUUCGUCACUGCCCUGAACCAAGGCCUGAUCCAGUUUGAGCUGAAAGCUGAUGUUCACAUCAUUGUAUACAUGACUCAGCAAACUUUGGCGCCACUUGUGGAUUCAAACUCCAUCCACAGUGGGUCGGCCAUGCUGAUGCUGCUCACUGUGGUAUUUGUUGGUUUGGCUGCGUUCUUCAUCUACAAGUUCAAAAGGAAAAUCCCUUGGAUCCACGUUCAGACUGAAGACAGUCACGAGAAAGAACCGGAAGUGAUCAGCACGGUCGGUCAGAACGACAACAUGUCGAAGGUGAAGCUCAACGAGUUUCCUUCUCCGAAAGAGCUCAUGGUGAAGGAUCUGGAGGCGAGGAGCAGAGUGACAUCAGGAGGAAUGGGACGCAGCAUGGAGAGAAUUGUAACCAGGGAGUUUCCAAAUUGUACUAAUGUCUAAAGACGCUCUGUGACUGAGUAAGUACAGGUUGUUGUGUCGCGAUUGUGCAGAAACUGUUUUGCUUUGUCAGCAUUUAUUGAUUUCACAAUCAUAGCUGCUAUCGUUCAAAGGUUUUUUUUACAUAUUAUGGGUAGAGUUAGUGAGUAUAGUUCAAAAUGUGAUGAAGAUCAUACACUGAACCAGAUUCAAAGGCCUCCAGUUUGAGGGCGGUGAAUACCUGAGAAAUCUGCUGAGAAAACAACGGGGCCCUGACACAAAAGGGUCCAAUUGGCACCGGGAAUGUCUUGUUCUCUACCACUGUAAUGUUAUGACUGUUCAGCUGAUACUGGCACCUUUUUUCACUCACUGUGGCAGCAAGUGUGAUUCUUUAUCAGGGUAAUAAUAGACAGUGUCAAAAUAUCUCAGAAUCCUGAGAAAAUAUUGAUAUAAUGUAAAUGAGAAAUGGUCAUUAGUGAAAGUAUGUAUGUGUUUCACUGCCUACGUUUAAUGUAUUCACUUUAAAUAAGCAUUAAAGGGGACAUAUUAUGCAAAAUCAACUUUUUAACCAUUUCAAUACUCAUAUUUGGGACUCUGGAGGCCCUACCAGUCGCCAAAGUGUGGAAAAAGAAUACUCAGUCAUGUUUUCGUGGUCCCCCUUAGUGUAAGUAUAGGCGAUAAAACACUCGAUGUUGAAUUCCCUCCGCUUAUGACGGCAGCAUGCACAUUUCACCGCGAAUGUUACCGCCCCACCAGUAAGUUUACCUCGAGAGCUCCACCUUAGCGCCACCUUGUCCCUGCGAGAGUGCAGGCGAGGGAGGAAGAGCAGUAUUAUGUCAACGCGGAGGGACAAGUGUGCUGUUACACAAACUUCCAGCCUCAGAGGAUUUUAUAUAUGAAGCUAAUGUGCCGGAUAAAGUCAGCAAACGUGUGUUUGUGUGUUCGCACCACUUCACAUCAGACUGCGGCCAGCGGUCGCCGUAUUUAGUCACCAACGUACAAACACACACAUUGUUAAGAAAAGGUCACAUAGAGCUCAUAACUGACCAUUCUGACACGUCCUAAUUAAAAAUAUUUGUUCAGUACGUCCUCCAUGACCGGAGCACAGACUCAGUCUGAUACAGUCACAUACAGCAGCAGUUUAUGCAGCUCACCGCUGGUGAUCAGCGGUGCUGCACUCUCUGUGAAAAUCAGUUAAAAAGACAUAGGGACAGCACCGAGCUGCCUAAACUGCCGCUGUGUGUGACUGAUCGCCAGCUCCGGAGCAUACAGUCACCGGUCUGAUACAGUCACAUACAGCUGCAGUUUAUGCAGCUCGCCGCUGGCGAUCAGCGGUGGCGAGGUCUCCGGAGCACAGUCACCGGUCUGAUACAGUCACAUACAGCGGCAGUCAGCGGUGCUGUCCCUAUGUCUUUUUAACUGAUUUUCACAGUGAGUGCAGCACAGCUGAUCGGCACUGUUGGGCUCGAUCCUUAUGUAGGAAGUCUCUUCCUGUGACGGCACUCUCGCUGUUUUCUGUGCACGCUGCCAUGUUGAUAUUGUCAGAGAACUAGUGGAGGGAGGGGGAGACGAAUGGAGCAGAGGGAACAGGAUCUGAGCGAGUGAGCGCUGUAAAGAGGACAAAUCAGAAACCCCCUGGAAGAAGUGGGUGUGUCUCAUUUGCAUGUAAAGGGACCACGCACAAAACCGAGCGUUCUGAAAGGGGCGGGUUAAGCAGGGUUAUUAAACUGCUAUGGUGCUUCAUCCUUUUGGUAUUUUGACCAAAGCAUGUCACUGACAUGUUCAUUAGGACACCAGGGAACUAUUUUAAUGGGGGAAAUAGGGUAUAAUAUGUCCCCUUUAAGUUACAUUUAUAUAGUAUUUUAAGGAUUACUGAGGCCCUUUGAGGCGCAUUGUUUCAUUACCGGGUGCCCUACCGUCAUAUGAGAGACAUAUAAUUAAUAGACCGUUUUAGGUUUAACUUUCAUACUGUUAUGACACUUUUCAUUUCGCUCUGGAUAAACUGUGCGUCACCGUUUACUGCCCCCAUAACUAGAGGUCUUUGAGUUGCGUAUAUAUAUAUAUAUAAUGAAUAUAUGUAAAAAUGUCAAAUCUGACAAAAUGUGAAAGCUUCUGGGAAAUAAUUGAAUAGACAUAGUUUUUUUUUGUCUCUCUUCGCUUUGUAAGACGACAUGGUGCUUUCAAUGACUGUCUCCUUGAUAUAUAUAUAUACAUAUAUAUCUAUACAUAUACAUACACACAGUAUAUGGACAUGAAAGUCUGGCCUUACAGGUGGAAAUACUGACAAGUUGUACAUAAAAUGAGAUGGAAUGUAAAUCUAUACAGUAGCUUCAUUCUUUCACUGUAAAGUCGAGUCACGGGCAUCAUGACCUUCUGUUCACAACACGCUGUAUGUCCUUUAUCCUAUACUUUUAUUUUUAUUUUAUACAGUAGCAUGCUCUAAUCAUCUGUGAUAACACGCUUAAGACUAAUGACUUCUAUAUAUAUAUAUAUAUAUACAUAUAUGCACACACUGUAUAUGUGUAUAUACUGUAUAUAUAAAGGUCAUUUUAAGGUUUACUUGUCACAUUUAACUUGAUACAUUAAUAGUCCAGUUGUGCAAUGGCCAAAAACUUGUGCAUGAUCUAUGAUAUUGUUCCUUUUUGUCGAUGAUAAGAGAAAAAAACAACAACAACGUCUUGUUUCGAAUCACAUUUCUUACUGUGAACAAAUUGCCAUUUUAAAAAUUGUUCAAAAAUAAAUGUAUUUUUAUAUGGUA